AUGAUGAUCGUCAUGACAACCGAUGACCUGGUAGUCGAAUGGGCCAGAGGUGUCGUCUUCUUUGAUACUUUACACUCUUCACCGACUCGCCUAUACGCAGAUUCCGACCACCCUCUUGGGCUAGUCAAAUUCAUGAAGAGUAUCGGCAUGCGUGUUGAAUCAGUUACGCAAAGAAUAUCCAAUUUUGAUGGGAUUUAGUUAACUUUCCCUCCUCGGCAUUCGACGCCCCCUUUCACCCCACCCACAUCCCGCCCCACAGACAUACAGACACACAUUCACAUGGCGGCAAUCACCCAGUCCAUUAUAAGUGGAAAAGGGAAGAUUAGAGUGGACACCAUGUCGACCCGCAACAACUUGUCAGCUUUAGCCCUAUUAUCUCGUCUGAUAUUAUUCGGCCAACACUUCCUCACGCACACACGCCCCUCCCACCCCCUCUCUAUUCCAGGAGUUGUUGUCCUAGCCUCCUUGUUCACAGGGACGACACAUGUGAAACCCAGCAUAACUUUGCCUGUGCCGUUUGGAUAA